AUGCACGUGGCGGUGGAAGGAUGUGUUCACGGGGAACUUGAUUUAAUAUAUGCAAAAAUUAAAGAAAAGGAAGAAGCCGACAACAUAAAGGUCGAUCUAUUGCUCUGCUGUGGCGAUUUUCAAGCUAUACGCAACGAAUCAGAUCUAGAAGACCUGGCGUGUCCGCCGAAAUACAAGCAUUACCGUGAUUUCAGAGAGUAUUACAACGGAACAAAGGUAGCUCCAAUUCUCACGAUAUUUGUCGGAGGUAACCACGAAGCACCAGCAUUCCUGAAGGAUUUGUAUUUCGGAGGAUGGGUCGCAAAAAACAUAUAUUAUAUGGGACAUUCAGGAGUUGUGAAUGUUAACGGGUUGCGCAUCGCAGGACUGUCUGGGAUAUAUGACAGCAGAGAUUACACUCGAGGGUUCUUCGAGACAGCACCGUACGACGAAUCCACUAAACGGUCAGCAUAUCACAUCCGUGAGUACGAUGUUAAGAAACUUUUGCUGCUUGAAAAGCCGAUCGACAUUUUCUUAUCGCAUGAUUGGCCACAAGGCAUUGAACGUUCUGGCGAUGUUGGAUCUCUUAUUAGGAGGAAACCACACCUCAGAUUCGAUAUAGAAAAAUGGAAACUUGGUAAUCCAUACACCUGGGAACUGCUGACGAAACUACAACCACGCUAUUGGUUUGCAGCUCAUUUACAUGUACGGUUCGAGGCAACUGUACAACAUGAGAAGGGAAGCACGUACUUCCUAGCUUUGGACAAGCCGCUUCCACGAAGACAAUUUAUUGAGUUCAUGUCCAUACCGCCUCUCAAGAACCAGAAACGUAAACAAGAUGAUCAAACAAAUUUGUGCUAUGAUCUGGAAUGGCUGGCCAUCCUUGCAACAAACACAAAAGAUAUGCCACUGAAUGCAUUUCCUUCAUCAGUGGAGAUAAAUCUAAAAAAACCCGACGAGGAGACGGCGAAAAGAGUCAUGGAUGCCCUAGCGCAACAAGGCUGUGAAACAUGUACCAUAGAUGGGGAAACGGAGUACAAAGUACCUGAACCCAUUGACGAAUGGAUAUAUCAGCCUGCGAAGCAACGAGAGUCGCUGUUGCAACUGCUUGAUAUCGCAGAUAACACUUAUUUCACUCCAAAAAGUGAAACCAAAUUUCAGGUAAAAUUCAAGUGA